CAAGCCCACGUUUCGUACCGCGGGUCUUAAGCCCGCACUCAGACGUUUUUCCUCCGUUCACCGAUUAUCCCCACGCCUGGAAUUUACUAAAUCUGUACAUUUCGACGAAGGCCUUUUGCAGUCAUAUUUUGAAACGUAGCAUGGCGGAAAAGGAAGCUGCCAAACCCAUUACGAAUUGGCUUAGUGGCUGGUCUGAAGGAGAGGCAGCGGUUACUAGCUCUAACAAGACUUUGGCUGAAUUAUUUGGAAUAGAUCCCAAGGUACUGAGAAAUAAAUUUGACCUAGAACCUGGUUGGCAAUACGACCCAACUCAGAAUGAAAACUUGGUUUUCCUGUCGCCUACUGUUCUCCUUGGUGAUCUGAAAAUCAGAGAUGGGGGACCGAAAGACAGAGGUCCGAAAGAAAUUUUGUCAAGGGUUGUAAGGGAUAUGUUGGAUCCAAAACAGACUAAACACUACGAGAAACCUUAUUUCUUCCAAGUUCCUGAGAUACCCAACAUGCACAUGGGGUACGGAUUGACCACAGAAAAUAAGAAAAAUAAAAUGGCCAUUACCAAGGAGGAAGCGAAGCUCUGGAUUAAAUUUCUUGACUUGGCGAAACGUAAGAAACCUGGCUAAGUGUUGAAUGAAAGUGGUGGUACAUCAGAAGAACCCAUGGAAGUGGUCACGUAUCCAACACCGGAAGACACCCAAGCGUUUGCGUUUGAGAAAGGUGAUGCAGAAGAAGUGAUCAAUCCAGAAAAUAGUGGACUGAAACGUCCAGUGAAGGGGUCUUUCUCACUAUUUUUCUCGAUACUUUUGAUAUUUUACCAGAAGAAGCUGCAAACAAAGGAAUACUCCAGAGAUAAAGGAACACAAAUUGGACCCAUUAAGAUCUCUGAUUUUCUUAUUUUUUGGAUUUUGCCUUACCUCCUUAAUUUUACUCAUAGGAAGGUGAAUGACAUCACUAAUCACCACAAAAGGAUUAGUGAAGAGAAGGGUGAGCCAAUGUUUAAAUGUCAAAUCAUCCAGAAGUCUGCCGGGGACAUCAUGGAAAGUGCAUUUAAUUUCUCAAAUACUCCACCUCCAAUAAGUGGGUUCUUAAUGAGGAAAUUUGAGAAGUAUUAUGGCAAAGCAUGUGCAAUAAAGUACAACCUACCACAAAGACCCAAAGGGACUCCAAUAAUUUUGGUCCCCUCAUCCUAUGAAGUGACAGACAUGCCUGUCGUACUGGAGGAUCUUGGAUCAAGUUGGAGAGAAAUUGGUGAUAUCACUCUUGUAGAUCAGUUUAUAGAGAAGUUUGUUGAAAGUGGAGAAAUACAGAGAGAUUUUUUCUGUUCAUUUGAACAUGUUGAAAAAAGAUUUUGUGUUGAUUAUGGAAUCAUUCUACCAGAUUUACAAACUUUUGACGAAUUGAUAGGUCAAGUUGAGAGUCAAGAUUCCUCCAUUUUUCAGGAAGUUAAGGAACAAGGUCAAGACUCACCCUCGCCUCGCCUUGGGCUCAUAAAACACCCUGAAAAAAGUCAAUCUGUGUGCUUCUCUUAUUUGCCAGGAAAAGAUCCUCACAGUGUUGAGAAGAUAUUCAGACUUGUCAGUUCAAAUCGCCUGAACUGUUUCACCCUGGUGCUUUUGUAUGGUUCAGCCUUUCAUUGGGAAGAUGCCAAUUGCAAGCUACUUAGCCUUUAUCCCGUAAAAGGAUGUAGAAAGUGUGUAUUUCAAGAUGAUGAAAUGGUCCCUGAAAAGUCUUUGAAACAAUUCGAGUCAGUUGUGGGCAAAUUUAGCCGAUUAGACUUUCCAGAGACGUACCUGUCACUACAGCGUGAAAUUCAGAGAGAUGGGGCAGUGAGAGAGAUGAGAAGGGUACUCUCAGAAGAGACAGCAUUCAAUUUGAGUAACCCAGAGUUUGUUCACGGAGAACCAGUGGAGGUUUUUUAUGCCACAGUGAAGGACCAGGUUAAGCUUAAAAACUAUGUUAUCAAUCUUGAGAUGAAGGGAUGUUGUGUUAGAAGAGUGGCAAAUCUGGAUGGCAGUUUGCUCUCCAGCUUUUUCAGGAAACGUAGAAAAGUUGGUGUAGUCACAGCCAUAAAUAAUGUCUUUAGACCAAGUGGUUCCCUAUAUGCAGAUUUACAAAAGGCCUCCAGGAGAAAAAAUGAUCUCUUCCCACUCAGAAAGUUAGAAAGAGCAGCAAGGAGUGUCAUUGUUCAUUUUGUGAGAGCUAUUGUUGUUGCUGGUCUUCCAGAAGUGUACCCACCAACACCAGGUAAUGGAGUUGAAGAUGAUGAUAUUGAGGAUGACAAAGGAAGUAGUUCUAAUGAAGAACAAGUCAUGUCUGACAUUGCUUCAGGAUUGAACCCCUCAUGGGAAAGUCAGAUCACAAGUGCCAGCAACUACUCACCUGGUGGUGACCAGGCAAUUGCCGACUUUUACACAAGCCAGCAGCCAUCUACAAGUGGAUCUCGCAAUUCACAGUUCAAACAAGGCACACCUAGCGAUGAUGAACUGGAAUAUCUUGCCUCCAGGCUUGGUGGUGCUUGGAAAAAGCUUGGGCGCCGCUUGGGAAUCAAAGAUCCAAAGUUUGAAGAAAUUAGCCAAUCAAACGAGGCACUAUCUGAAAAGGGAUAUCAAAUGCUCAAGCAUUGGAGGGAAGAAAAAGGUUCAGCCGCAACGCACCAGAUUUUAGGUCAAGCAUUACAGCACGAGCUUGUGAACCUGCGAGAGUUAGCGGAAGAAUUUUGCUACGAGAAACAAUAACUGGAAAUAUGUCCCUAGAGUGUAUGCGGAGAUAGCAUAGUUUUGAAUGCAAAAUCUAUAAUGGAAAACUAGAAACUGCCUUAACAAAUGAAGUAUAACCUUGAGAUUUUUAAAUGCAAAGGUGAGGAUGUUUUCUCCUUCAGUUUUUGUAGAUAUUCAUCUUAAUUUGAAACCAUCAGUUUCAAAGAGGAAUUUUCCUACUUUAAAAUUGCUACAGACUUGAGUAAUUUUCUCCGGAAGUGAUAAGCUAAGUUGUAAAUUGUGCGCUUGGUUGCUUCUCUUAUCAUGCAUUAAUAUAACCUCUAGACACUCGUAGCAGACGAGUAAUUUGAUCGAUAGAGCCCAAAAGUAAAAGAUUAUUUAAGUAAGGGCUGUGUUCGAUAAGUUCUAUGUUUGAGUGGCGAAUUUUUUUCAGCGCCCAGAGAGCCAGGCGUAUUAUAGAUUCUAGGCAAGGUUUACGGCCUGUAAAACGAGAAUGGUUCUUAGCGACUCCUGGGGAGUA